UCCUCUCUGGGCAAGAUGGCGGGGAGCGAGUCUAGUGUGAUUCUGGCGCAACCGCAUCUUUCUCAUCAGGAUCUGGCCAACUUGGAUGUUACCAAGUUGACUGCUCUCUCACAGGAAAUUAUCAGCAGGCAAGCCACAAUUAACAUAGGAACAAUUGGUCAUGUUGCUCAUGGAAAAUCUACAGUUGUCAAAGCUAUUUCUGGAGUUCACACUGUCAGGUUCAAAAAUGAAUUGGAAAGAAAUAUCACAAUCAAACUUGGGUAUGCUAAUGCCAAGAUUUAUAAACUUGAUGAUACAAGUUGUCCUCGGCCAGAAUGCUAUAGAUCCUGUGGAAGCAGUACACCUGAUGAGUUUCCUACAGACAUUCCCGGGACCAAAGGAAACUUCAAAUUAGUCAGACAUGUUUCCUUUGUUGAUUGUCCUGGCCAUGAUAUUUUGAUGGCUACUAUGCUGAAUGGUGCAGCAGUGAUGGAUGCAGCUCUUCUGUUGAUAGCUGGUAAUGAAUCUUGUCCUCAACCUCAGACUUCUGAACACCUGGCUGCCAUAGAAAUUAUGAAACUGAAACAUAUUUUGAUUCUACAAAAUAAAAUAGAUUUAGUAAAAGAAAGUCAGGCUAAAGAACAGGAUGAACAGAUUCUUGCAUUUGUACAAGGAACAGUGGCAGAAGGAGCUUCCAUUAUUCCAAUUUCAGCUCAGUUGAAAUAUAAUAUUGAAGUUGUCUGUGAGUAUAUUGUAAAGAAAAUUCCAGUACCUUUAAGAGACUUUACCUCAGAACCACGACUAAUUGUUAUUAGGUCUUUUGAUGUCAAUAAGCCUGGCUGUGAGGUUGAUGACCUUAAUGGUGGUGUGGCUGGUGGCAGUAUUUUAAAAGGAGUAUUAAAGGUGGGCCAGGAGAUAGAAGUGAGACCUGGUAUUGUUUCCAAAGAUAGUGAAGGAAACCUUAUGUGUAGACCAAUCUUUUCCAAAAUUGUAUCACUCUUUGCAGAACAAAAUGAUCUUCAAUAUGCUGCUCCAGGGGGUCUAAUUGGAGUUGGAACAAAAAUUGACCCCACUUUGUGCCGUGCUGACAGAAUGGUGGGGCAGGUGGUUGGUGCAGUUGGAACUUUACCAGAGAUCUUCACAGAAUUGGAAAUCUCAUAUUUUCUACUUAGACGGCUUCUUGGUGUGCGCACAGAAGGGGACAAAAAAGCAGCAAAGGUGCAAAAGCUGUGUAAGAAUGAAGUGCUUAUGAUGAACGUAGGAUCCCUGUCAACAGGAGGCAGAGUUAGCGCAGUUAAGGCCGAUUUGGGCAAAAUAGUACUCACUAAUCCUGUGUGCACCGAAGUGGGAGAGAAAAUUGCCCUUAGCCGAAGAGUUGAGAAACAUUGGCGUUUAAUUGGUUGGGGUCAGAUAAGAAGAGGAAUAACCAUGAAGCCAACAGUAGAUGAUGACUGAAGGAUAUCAGUUAAAAAAUACAUUUGGGUGAAGUCAAGUUUUUCUUACCAAA